AUGGUGACUGCGCUCUCAGCCGCCACUUCCUGUUCAAACACUGGGUGUACUUUGGCUCCCCAGCUGUCACUUGCCAAGAACGACAACUCCGAAGUGCGGUUACUCUUCUUGAGGGCUCGUAAUAUCCCGCGGCUAUUGUCUUCAUUCACAAACAUCACAACCACUCGUGAGUUGGCUACGCUCAAAAGUGAUGAUAAUAUACGUAUUUGUUACAUUUAUGUUCGUCCCCUCUCUCUCUCUCUCUCUCUCUCUCUCUCUCUUUCUCUUUUCAAUCCACGUAUCUAUAUAUUAUCAAUUAUCGUUAAGUCACGUGGUAAUAACAAGAUCACAAAAGCAAAAGCGGUGAAAAAGAAAACAGAAAUAGCGAACAUCUAUCUAUCUAUCUAUCUAUCUCAGUCUGGUUCUCUCUCGCUCUCUCUCUCUCUCUCUUUCUCUCUCUCAAUCUAUUUAUCUAUCUCGGUCUGUUCCUAUCUAUCUAUCUAUCUAUCCCGGUCUGUUCCUAUCUAUCUAUCUAUCUCAGUAUGGUUCCCCCCCUCUCUCUCUCUUUCUAUCCCAGUCUGUUCCCUAUCUAUCUAUCUCAGUCUCUCUCUCUCUCUCUCUCUCUCUCUCUCUCUCUAUCUAUCCUAUCCCAGUCUGUUCCUAUCUAUCUAUCUAUCUGUCUAUCUAUCUAUCUAUCUAUGUAUCUAUCUAUCUAUCUAUCUAUCUGAUUGUGUGCUUGCUCAUAUUUCUACAUUUUUCCUUCCUAUCUAUCUAUCUAUCUAUCUAUCUAUCAAUCUAUCUAUCUAUCUAUGUCUAUUCCAAUCUAUCUAUCUAUCUAUCUAUCUAUCUAUCUAUCUAUCUAUGUCUAUUCCAAUCUAUCUAUCUAUCUAUCUAUCUAUCUAUCUAUCUCAGUCUAUUCCAAUUUAUCUAUCUAUCUAUCUAUCUAUCUCAGUGUGUAUUUUCUUGGUGUCAAUAUUACAUAUCAAAAGAAAAAUUUUCAUGGUAUUUUGCGGCACAUGUUUAAGCAGUGAUUUGCAACCCAGAAGUACAUCUAUCUAUCUAUCUAUCUAUCUAUCUAUCUAUCUAUCUAUCUAUCUAUCUAUCUAA